AUGGGCUUCAAAAACAUCCUCAAGAACCGCUCCGGUCUGCGCGUCGAUAAUCGCAAGACUACUUCCGCUGCGACUCUAACUUUGCGCCAGAGUCUGUGGCCACUCAGCCUGGUCACCAUUCUAUUCUUCUUAUGGGGCUUUGCAUACGGUCUCCUGGAUACUCUCAACAAGCACUUCCAAAAUACAUUGCACAUUGACCGCACCCGCUCAGCGGGUCUCCAAGCUGCAUACUUUGGCGCAUACCCACUUGCCUCGCUCGGCUACGCGAAUUGGAUCCUCCGUCACUAUGGAUACAAAACAGUCUUCAUCUUCGGUCUAACUCUGUACGGCAUCGGUGCCCUGUGCAUGUGGCCAGCAGGUCUGCACCAAUCCUUCGGUGGUUUCUGCGGCGCAACUUUCGUCAUUGGCUCGGGGCUGGGUUCGCUCGAGACAGCUGCGAAUCCAUACUUGACUGUCUGCGGUCCACCCCGCUACGCCGAAAUCCGAAUCAACUUCGCUCAAUCCUUCAACGCCAUCGGCACCGUCGUCGGACCGGUGCUAGGCUCCUACGUAUUCUUCACCACGACAAACGACGACGUCGCAGCCCUGCAGCGCGUGCAAUGGGUCUACCUAGCCAUCGGCAUUUUCGUCUUCUGUCUCGCGGGCGUAUUCUUCGUCUCGAAUAUCCCCGAGGUCACGGAUGAGGAUAUGGCAUUCCAAGUCGCGGCGACUCAUGUUGAUGAGCAGGAGAAGCCGUUUUGGAAGCAGUGGAAGUUGUUUCAUGCUACGUUGGCGCAGUUUACGUACACGGGUGCUCAGGUUGCUAUCGCGGGUUACUUCAUCAACUACGCGGUUGAUACCUGGCCCGGCACUGAUAGUGCCAAGGAGCGAAACUUCUUGCUGGUGCACAGGGCCCGAUAUGUCUUCGGUAUCUAUCUGUCUUGCUGUGUGGCAUUCCUGGCUGCAUCAGUGACGCAGAGGAAUCAGACUGGUAUUGCAAUGCUUUACCUGGUCCUGUUCUUCGAGUCAGUCUGCUUCCCGACCAUCGUGGCACUGGGAAUCCGCGGCCUCGGCCGUCAUUAUAAGCGUGGUUCCGGGUUUAUUGUUGGAGGUGUAUGCGGUGGAGCAAUUGUCCCACCUAUCCUGGGCCAUGUUGCCGAUAUGAGGAAUGAUACAGGCUUUGCAUAUAUCGUUCCUACUAUGUUCAUGGUUGUUGCGUGGACAUAUGCCGUUGCGGUGAACUUUGUUCCCGCGUACAAGCUCACGGUGGACAAGGUCGGCGAGAGUACGCUUGGGCUGCAGAACCAGAAUCUCAAGGAUGAAGAGGCUGCUGCGGGGACGACUCGUGAGGUUGGGGAGGGCCAUUUUGGGCCGGGUGAUGAGGCCGUGGACAAGGAGGGUGGGCUGGUUCAUAUUGAACGGUAA